AUGUCAGAGGAGUUAAAGGACGAGGUGGAGGCCCUGAAUUCCAUCUACGGGGAAGGGACGCUAGUGCCAGCAUCGGACAAUGACGGUAACGAUGCGGAGGCCGCUGAUGCCUACAUUCUCAAAAUCCCAGGCGAGGGAGAGACCUCUUCGCUGCGUCUUCAGUUUCCCGCCGGCUAUCCGGACGAUCCCCCAUCUGUUCUAGGCACGCACAGCUCGGGAGGGCAGAACCGGCCGCGUGGCGCUGCCGCUCGUGACCUUGAGCUAUUCCGUGAUGCUCUCGGUCGAGUAUUUCAGCCCGGCAUCGUCUGCCUAUUUGAUGCACUGGAAGAGCUGACAAGAUUGACCGAGGAGCUUGGGAUCAACGACGCUCAGCCGCCAGAAGCAGAGGAUGACGGCGCAGAGGAAGGCACCUCCACGGCAUCGCGCAAGGUGUCCGCUCCGGAGGACGCCCUGGGCCCGGAACCCCCCUGGAUCAUGUCCGACGUCUACGUCGAGAUGAAGUCGACCUUCGUCGCCCGCUGCGCCCACGUCACCUCGGCGGCCCAGGCCGAGUCGUACGUCGCCCACCUCCUCGCGACGGACAAGAAGGUGCGCGCGGCGACGCACAACAUGACGGCCUGGCGGAUCCGGGGUGCAGACGGCAAGACUUCGUUCCAGGACUGCGAUGAUGACGGAGAGACUGCCGCGGGCGGGAGGCUGCUGCAUCUGAUGCAACUCAUGGACCUGUGGGAUGUCAUGGUCGUCGUGACAAGGUGGUAUGGUGGCCAGAAGCUCGGACCUAGGAGGUUUGCUGUCAUCAACCAGGUUGCAAGAGAUUCUUUUGUCAAGGCUGGCUUAGUUCCUGAGGCUUCCGGCAAGAAAAAGGGACCGGGAAAGUGA